AGGGUGAGAGGCGCUUGUUUUUCUUCCCUGCACAGCCAUCGAAGAACGGCGUUUGUUUCACUUAUUAAAGUUUAAAAUGAUUGAAGUCAUUAAAGUUCCUCAAACAGCUGGAGGUUUCAGGAAACUCCUCCUCCUCAUCUUCCUCCUCCUCCUCUUCCUGAUGCGCUGUGAUGUCAGAGGCGCUCCAGCAUGCAGAGCCGGGUAUCGAUCGCUCUCAUUGAUUAUUGACCGAGCCUGACGGGGAGCAGGGGCUCAACAGAUGUUACAUAAACAGCUGUUGAGCGUGUUGGAGGGAAACAGCUGCAAGAGAGCGACGCUGCAGACGAGCAGGACCUCUUCUUUUUUCUCCAGAGAUGCCAGGGACUCUUCCCAGGUUCCCCAGCUUGCCGCGGGGGGUCACCAUGCCGGCACUGCUGAACUCUUUGCCCCGAGGCAUCAACCCUCCCAGUUUACCCAGAGGAAUCACCAUGCCCAGUAUGCCCACUCUGCCCAGUUUACCCAGUAUGCCCCGUGGCGUGACCAUACCCAGCUUGCCCAGGGGGAUGUCGCUGCCGAGGACUGCCAUGCCGGCCGUAACUGAGGCUCCAAGGCGGCUGCUGCAGGACUGCUGCUCUGUGCUGGACCACCAGACACCCGGAGGGCUGUGUGGUUGCUGCUGGGCCCUUCGGCCACGCUACAAGCGGCUGGUCGACAACAUUUUCCCAGAAGACCCUGAGGAAGGGCUGGUGAAAGCCAACAUGGAGAAGUUGACCUUCUUCGCUCUGUCUGCUCCGGAGAAGCUCGACCGCAUUGCUGCGUACCUGUCAGAGCGUCUGACCAGAGAGCUGAACCGUCACCGCUAUGGGUAUGUGUGCAUAGCGAUGGAGGCGAUGGAGCAGCUGUUGCUUGCAUGUCACUGUCAGAGCAUCAACCUGCUGGUGGAGAGUUUUCUCAGCACACUGCGUCUACUGCUGGAGGCUGACAAACCACACCUCCACAUACUCGCCACCAACUCUUUUGUGAAGUUUGCAAACAUCGAGGAGGACACACCGUCAUAUCACCGGAGCUACGACUUCUUCGUGUCUCGCUUCAGUGAGAUGUGUCACUCUGAUCACGAAGACCUUGACACCAGAAACAAGAUCCGCGUGUCGGGGAUCCGCGGGCUGCAGGGCGUGGUGAGGAAGACGGUAGACGAUGAGUUGCAGGUGAACAUCUGGGAGCCGCGUCACAUGGAGCAGAUUGUCCCUGCCCUGCUGGUCAAUCUGCAGCAACACUCACAAAACGACAGCGGAUCUCCAGCAGAGCAGACAGAGGUUUGUUUCAGGGAGCUGCUGUGCCGAGCUGCUUAUGGACACAUUAACAACGCUAUCAAACCAGUGCUCAUGCACCUGGACAGUCACAGUCUUUGGCAGGGACGAGGGUUUGCUGUUCAGUGUUUUCAGAUCAUCAUGUACUCUAUUCAGUCCCAGCACUCCCACCUGGUCAUCCAGCAGCUGUUGGGUCACCUGGAUGCCAACAGCAGGAGUCCAGCUUCAGUCAGAGCUGGGAUUGUGGAGGUCCUGUCUGAAGCAGCCGUUAUAGAAGCGACUGGAUCUGUCGGUCCCACAGUGUUGGAGGUGUUCAACACGUUACUGCGACAGCUCAGGCAGAGCGUGGACUACCAGUUGACUGGUUACUAUGACAAUGCUGGUAAACAUAAAACCAGCUCGAUUGAAGAGAAAAAACUGCAGGACGCUGUCAUUAAAACUAUUGGAUCCUUUGCCAACACACUGCCUAUUUACCAGAGGUCAGAGGUCAUGCUGUUCAUCAUGGGGAAAAUUCCUGUUCCUGGUAUCUACCCAGCCUUGGGUUCACCCAACUCCGGGUUUGAAGGCAGCAGGAUGAUACAGGUGAUGCUGCUGAAGUCUCUCCUCCAGGUGUCGGAGCAUUACGAAAGUAGCAACCUGCUGACGGCGCUGCCCUCGUCCUUCCUGGAGCCUCUGCUGUCCUUCACUUUGAUGGAGGAUCCGGAGAUCCGCCUGCUUGUUCUGUCCAUCCUCACCUCGCUCAUUGACAGACGCCACAACGCCUCCCGGCUCACCACAGCCAGUGUGGCAUUUGAUGUCUCAUCCUUGGAAAUGAAAGAGGACAGAUGCUCUCGACAGGACAACCUGUUCAUGAGGAAGCAUGCUCAGCGUCUCUACAGACACGUCUACCUGGCCUCUAGGGAGGAGAACAGUGGACGCAGCCACUACCAAGCCCUCUUCACCCUAUUGGCUGUUCUAAGUGUGGAACUGGCCAAUGAGGAGGUUGUGGUGGAUCUGAUUCGACUGAUCCUGGCUCUGCAGGAGAUGACUGUUUCCAAUCAGGAGUGUCUGUCAGUGUUUAAUCGCUGUGGGAUCCACGCCCUCUGCGCCGCCUUCCUCAACCUGCUGUCACAACUUGGCCCGCCUCCAACACUUCAUCAGCACAUCACUCAGGUGAUAGAAAGUCGACAGAAGGAUGCUCCUCACCUGCUGCCUGAAGUCGUGUUUUGUGACAAACCCAGACUCCCAGAAGGUGAGCUGAAGGUGGACGAAGCUUUGCUGUUCAUCCACUCAAAGAUCUGCGAGGCCCUGGCAGGAAGCAGCUACAGCGCACACUGUGAACGCUUCAACACACCGUACACACCUCAGUUAACAGAAGAGGAUCGUCUGUCUAAGAGGAAGAGCAUUGGAGACGCCGUCUCUCUGCAGGUGGACAUGGAACUUCCGUUCUGUCCUGAUACACCACAGAAACCUCAGACUGAGCAGAUCACCUUUGAGACGCUGAAGAACGCCAUUGAGGACAGAGGCGUGGUCGAGGAAGAGGAGAGGAGGAAGCGGAUGGAGGUGGUGGAGAGGUUUCAGACAGCUCCCUUUGAGGAAAUUGCUGCCCACUGUGGUGCCAGGACAUCGUUGCUUCAGUCCAAACUCAAUCAGGUCUUUGAACUCAUCAUACGUCCUCCUCCUUCUCCCUCUGGACAUUCGGCACCUCGAUCGACUCCGGUCUAUGAGAUGAAGUUUCCUGACCUCUGUGUCUAUUAAAGACAUUCAGCAACAACCUCGUGAUGAUGUUGAAGCACUUUGUUUGGUAAAGAAACAAAUCAGUGGCUGUGAGGGAAAGAGGUAGGAGAAUUAAUAUAAGAGAAUCACACGAGGACUUACAGCAGUGAGCCACGUUUUUUGGUGAUUUAGUGUGGCUGUUUCCUUUAUAGCUGUCAGAUUUUAUCUUUUUGUAUUAGAAUUGGACUGACUCAGUGUUUGACUUCAUAUUUCCCAGUCUGCCCUACUGUUUGAUCCUCCAGUCAUGAGGUACAUCUGUACACAAAUAUUGUUAAUGGUUAAAUGAUGCCGCACUAAAUAAAUAGUACAUGUUAA